GUCAGUUAAAGUUGUAUUUUAUAUUUCAUAUCAAAGUAAAGUCAUCACUGCAGGUUCUUCCUCUCAAACCAUUGUAUAUACAGGCUUUUAUUUUGAAAGAACCUCGGGGUCAUGUGGUGCUCGGUGUGUAACUUGGCAGGUUGGAUGAGGAGAGAAAGGGGGGGGUGAAUCAUCGGGAGGAGACGGACUGAUGAGACACUCAGAAGACAUCUGAUCUGAUCUGAGACCAGCUGCUGUCAAACAUCUGCAGACUCACAGCAGCAGGUCCUGGUCCUGGUCCUGGUCCUGGUCCCGCUGUCACUCUCUCUGUUUGUGUGGAGGUCUGCGUGUGAAUGAUGCCGGAUCAGAUCUCAGUGUGCGAGUUCCUCUUGGAGACCACCGAGGACUACAACUCCCCCACCACGUCCAGCUUCACCACCCGGCUGCAGAGCUGCAGGAACACCGUGGGGAUCCUGGAGGAGGUCCUGGAUCAGGACCGCUCCGCUCUGCAGAAGGUCAAGAAGUCCGUUAAAUCCAUCUACAGCUCAGGACAAGAGCAUGCUGGGAACCAGGAGAACUUCAGUCAGGCUCUGGAGCGACUGGGAGGAAACAGCUGUGAACUGGGAGCUGCCUUUGUUAAGUUCUCCUGCCUCAUUAAAGAUCUGGCUGCUCUGCUCAAUAACCUGCUGCAGAGUCUGAGUCAUAACUUGGUCUUCACUCUGGACUCUCUGUUGAAAGGAGAUCUGAAGGGCGUUAAAGGGGACCUGAAGAAGCCUUUCGACAAAGCCUGGAAGGACUACGAGACCAAGCUCACAAAGAUCGAGAAGGAGAAGAGAGAACACGCCAAACAACACGGGAUGAUCCGGACCGAGAUCACGGGAGCUGAGGUCGCUGAGGAGAUGGAGAAGGAGAGGAGGCUGUUCCAGCUGCAGAUGUGUGAGUAUCUGAUCAAAGUCAAUGAGGUUAAAACCAAGAAGGGAGUGAACCUGCUGCAGAACCUCAUAAAGUAUUACCACGCUCAGUGCAACUUUUUUCAGGACGGUUUGAAAACAGCCGACAACCUGAAGCAGUACAUUGAGAAACUGGCUGCUGACCUGUCCAACAUCAAACAGAGUCAGGAUGAAGAGAAGAAACAGCUGACGGCUCUCAGAGACCUCAUCAAGAGCUCCUUACAGCUGGACCAGAGGGAGGACUCCCAGAGUAAACACAGUGGCUACAGUAUGCACCAGCUGCAGGGAAACAAGGAGUUUGGCAGUGAGAAGAAAGGAUACCUGCUGAAGAAGAGUGACGGGCUGAGGAAGGUGUGGCAGCGGAGGAAAUGUUCAGUGAAAAGCGGCGUCCUGACGAUCUCUCAUGCAACAUCCAACAGACAGCCUGUCAGACUGAACCUGCUCACCUGUCAGGUGAAACCCAGCGCAGAGGACAAGAAAUGCUUCGACCUGAUCUCCCAUAAUCGGACGUACCAUUUCCAGGCUGAAGACGAGCAGGAGUUUAUCAGCUGGGUGUCUGUGCUGACCAACAGUAAGGAGGAAGCCCUGAAUGUGGCGUUGCAGGGCGGAGGUCAGAGUUCAGGUGUGGAGGAGGAGGAGCUCACCAAGAGCAUCAUUGACGAGGUGCUGCGGUCGCCAGGCAACGAAACCUGCUGUGACUGUGGAGCUGCAGAUCCUCGGUGGCUCUCCACUAACCUGGGUGUUCUGACCUGCAUCGAGUGCUCAGGGAUCCACAGGGAGAUGGGAGUCCACGUGUCCCGGAUCCAGAGUCUGGAACUGGACAAACUGGGAACCUCAGAGCUGCUGCUCGCUAGGACUGUUGGGAACUGUAGUUUUAAUGAGAUCUUGGAGGCUGGUCUACCCUCUCCGUCUCUGAAGCCGACGGCCUGCAGCGACAUGGCGGCGAGGAAGGAGUUCAUCAACGCCAAGUACAUCGACCACAGGUUUGCCAGACCGUCUGUCUCCAUGGCAACCAGCAGGCUGGACAAGUUGUAUGACGCUGUGCAAUCCCGAGACCUUCUGUCAAUCAUCCAGCUGUACGCUGAGGGGGUGGAGCUUCUACAGCCCCUCCCUGAACCAGGCAAGGAAGCAGGAGAGACUGCGUUACAUUACUGUGUUCGGACAGCUGAUCCCUCCUCCCUCCACCUGGUCGACUUCCUGGUCCAGAACAGUGGUCACCUGGAUGGACAGACAGACGGGGGGAACACAGCUCUGCACUGCUGCUGUCUCUACAACAAACCUCAGUGUGUGAAGCUGUUGCUAAGAGGAAAACCAGAUCUCCACAUCACCAAUGAGAGUGGAGAGACAGCACUGGACAUCGCCCGCAAACUGAAGAACUCCCAAUGUGAAGAGCCGCUGGUGGAGGCCAUGUCUGGCAGGUUCAACCCUCAUGUUCAUGUGGACUACGACUGGAACCUCAGACUGGACGAGCUGGACGAGAGUGACGAAGACCUGGACGACAAGCCCAGUCCGAUUAAGAAGGAGCGUUUUCUCCGUCCUCAGAGUUUCUGUCCGUCCUCCAGCACCUCCUCUCAAGAGAAACUCUCUCUGCCGACCUCCUUCAUUCCUGCCCACAGGAACAAGCAGCGUCUCUCCUACGGAGCGUUUGCCAACCCCAUCUACAGCACCUCCUCUGAAACUCCUCCUUCCCCUGGACCUGACACCUCAGGACCUUCACCGGCUGCCAGGAGUCAGGGGAAAGGCCCACCCACAUCCCUCCCCCUCACCUCCCAGAUCAGUGGAGGAGGCAGGGCUUCAGGAGGAGGAAGCUCCACCCUGAAGAAGAGACCCCCUCCCCCUCCACCCGGGCACAAGCGCACCCUGUCCGACCCCCCCAGCCCCGUCCUGCAGGGACCCGCAGGUAAAGGAUGUGAGAUGACCCCCCCACCUGGAAACAGGAUGUCACCUGCCAACAAGUUUGAGGGGAUCCAGCAGCAGCAGAGUACGACCUCCAGUCACACCAAGUCCACACUGGGACCCAGAGUUCUGCCCAAACUACCUCAGAAAGUGUCUCUCAGAAAGAUUGAUACCAUCCACCUUCCGUCUCUGGACAAAUCCAGCCAGCCUCCAGACCCCAUCCACAAACCCACCUCCUCCCCCUCUCCCCUCCAUGAUCUCCAGAAGUCCCCUCCAUUUAUUGAUGCCUCCCCUAAACCCCCCCUCACCCCAAUGGACUCCACCCAGAAAGCCCUAUUAGCUGAGAAGCCCCAGCUGUCCAACCUCCCUCCCAAACCUCACCUGUCUGACCUCCCCCCGAAACCCCUUCUGAAAGACCGCCCCCCCAAACCGCUGCUCAGUGACAGGCCUUGCCCCACCCCUGUUGCUAUGGAGACACAGGGAUCCAAGGCAGCGGCAGUAGCAGAAAGCCAUUCGAGGGAGGGGUCACCUGGACCAGCAGGUGAAGACGACAAGGAGUCAACACCUGAAGCGGCGGAGACGCCUGUCCCCCUGCCGAGGAAGAUCACCUCUGUGAGGAGCAAGAUCAGGAGGGUGAAGACCAUCUACGACUGUCGGGCCGACAACGACGACGAGCUCACCUUCACCGAGGGGGAGGUCCUCAUCGUCACGGGAGAGGAGGACCAGGAGUGGUGGAUCGGACACGUUGAGGGACACCCCGAGAGGAAAGGCGUCUUCCCCAUGUCUUUUGUUCACAUCCUCUCUGAUUGACGGCUGCGAGGCGAGUGUGAGGCCAUCGCCCACCGGCACAAGCAACCUGCCGCUGACCAACAGGAACAAAAUAAUGACGUCACCCUCAGUCCUCGCUGUAAAUAGACUUUAUUAUUCUGUCUAACAGUGUUACCAUAGCAACCCAGCAUGCCGACCCAGGUGGGCCGUAGCAACGAGGUCUACAGAGAAGGAAAAGACACACGGGUAAGGGGUCAGAGGUCAGGUUCAGUGUCAGAAGUCAGAGGUCAGGGUCAGGUCUGAACUGGUCUGAGGGGUCAUUACAACAAAGCACAACAACAGACACAUCAGCUGAUGUUCACUUCCUCCUGGAUCGACAUCGUAGUCCUGCACGGGUCCGUGUGGCGCCACUCCCUCAGAGCUCAGUUACAGUCUCACCAGCCUCAGUCCUCAGAUCAGUUCGGGUCUAGACCUGUGGCCUAGACUCUGUGAUGUGUUCAGGGUUAUUUGAGAGUGUGGUUUAUCACAGACACGUGAAGUCUUUUCAAAAUAAAGCAGCAGGAAGGAAAAAACUCCAUUAACCAGAAACAAACACAGGAGGGGAAAAGUGGAUAUACACAGGGAUGACCACGGAGAUAAUCAUAGUCUGAUGAAAGGCGGGAAACUGCAAUGACAAGGGACGUGAGCACUUCAAAAUAAAACAGGAAUAUGCAUAACAUAAGACAGGAGGUCCUUUUAUCUACUCUCCUAUUCUUACCUGUACAUGUUCACCUGUCCUCUGCUACCUGGCUCAAUGCAGGACUGUGACGUAGCACACCUGUCCUCAUCAGACAUCUACAGGUGAACUAAGGUGUGAUGAUGUGUAGGUUCAUAUGGUGGGGACUGAGUCAGUGGUUCUCACCUGAUCUGACUUCAGUGCAGGUCUCAGAUCACUUUCCUGAGUCAGGUGUUUUCAGGUGUGACUUUUCCUUCUCUUCACAUCCUCCAAUCAGAUCUCUCCAGAGCCAAUGAUACACUCCAACUGUAUUUAUUGUAUCUGUGUAAAGCACAAGCCUCUUUCUGUACUCACUUGUCUGUCUGUAAAAUCACUCAUCAGUUCAUCUCUGUGUUUAGCCUAGCUUAGCACAGAAACUGGAAGCAGACUGGUGAAAGUGUUAGCCUAGCACCUUCUGAUUCACAUAUUGACUUUGUUGGAGACAGAAAACAAGAAGGUUUUUUAAAUUUCUGUUUUCUGUUUUGUGUUAGAAACCAUGUUUAGAUAUUUCCUGUCCAGCAUGCACAGCUACAGAGGCUGUAAUAACAUAACCAGAGCUCUCAUUUAUUCAGCAUUUUAUACAGCUAGUUAAUCAGUAAGAAGCAGCAUUAGAUCCAAUCAAAUGAAGAAAAUAUAUUUAGCUCCAGGAAGUAAUUCAACAAACUUAAUCUUAUCAAAUUAUCACAUUUGUAAAAGUGAAAAAUAUAGUGACUGUAAAUCUGCAUUUGUGAUUAUGACUGUGGUUGCUGUGGCCGGAGAGCUAACCGUUAGCAUGCUAGGUCAUAGUUGAUCUUGUCACUAGCUGGUUUACGAACUGCCAGUAAGCUAGCUAACUAGCUAGCUAGCUAGCAGAAUGAAUUCAGAUGUGAAAGCUGACGUCUGUGAAAACAUCCUCUCUGAGGUUACAGCAGUUCAUUAGUUUAUACAUGUUACUGGUGCGACUGAGUCCUGCUCCAGGUUUUCUAACAACAAAUACAGAGAUGUUGUUACUUGAUUAUUUAGUGUGUCACGGAAGGAACGUUGAUGAGGUUUGUUAAACCACUGCUCUUAGUUUCAUUUCUAAAUGUUUCUUGCUGACUCAUACUGGCUAGGUUAGCUAGGUUAGCUAGGUUAGCUAGGUUAGCUAGGUUAGCUACAAAGAUGACCAACAGGUCUUUGGGCUUGUUAGCUUAAACACAACUAAGCUCACAAAGUUGACACUGCUGUGAUUCUACUGGCAAGUUGUCUGUGUUUCAACAAUCAGUUAUUCGGUGAUAUUAUUAACAACAAUACUAAUAAGUAUUAUUAAACAGUGAAAUGACCUGAGCUGUGAUGAAACAAGAAGUCUGACUGAGAAUAAAGACGAUGAACUGUCAGUUCGUCCUUUAAAGGAACAGUCUGACGUGUAUCCUGUUGUCUCUUCUCCAGUUAGCUUAGUUCAGGGGGAGACUGUUAGCUUAGCUUGUAGCUCUGUUCGUCUUCUAUUGUGAUACAAGGAUUUGACAAAUGGCUGACUGUCCCUGUGUGAAGUGUGAAUUAAGGAUCUGGAAACACUUUGUAUUCACCAAAGAAAAUUGACUGUCUAAUGAGGAUAAUUAUGUUAGUGAGAUCUUCUCCUUUUUAUAUAUUAAUUUAGUAAUUAUCAGAUGAUGAUUUAUCCUAAAGAGGUAAUUAUAUCCUAAUUAUAAUAGUCAGAAAGAGUGAAAAAAAAAAUCUUAUAAUGUUGAGAUAAAUUCUGUAUGAUGAGCUAAUAAUAACCAGUCAGAGUGAGCAGUUUGAAUACAGCUGUUUUCUCUGUGGUGGAUGCAGUGUGUUUGUGUUGAGGUGGGUCUGUAUUGGAUCCAGAGGUUCUGGUUGUGAGCUGGUCAGGAUGGAUCCUGAACCUGAAAUUUAUUUAUUUGAUGAAACUUUGUGUCAGGGGGAGGCAACAGAAUAAAACUGAAGACUUAUUAAAACUGUCUCUACACUGAA